UUGCAUGGUAGAAAAGGUCCACCAGUGUUAUGUAAGUCUCUCUAAGAGUGAAAUACGAGGAAUUGUAGUCCCUCUAGUAAAAGAAGAACGCUUUUGUGACAAUGCUGGAAUCAGUGACCCUUAUCUUCACCCCCAAAAACAUCGAGUGCCGUGUUCUUCGACCUACUUCCAGAAAGCUUAUGGAUGUUAUAAWGAGACAUUGGUUCUGUGGCGAACAAACAAGACUGACAAUAGGCUCUGCAGCGUUUAUUCAGAUGCCAUCAAGUGCGAGAAGUCCCUCAUAGAUGCAGAAUGUUGGUACACUGGUGUAACCAAAGAACUGAUGGAGUUGAAUUACGAUGGCUGGAAUCCAUUCUGCGCACCACUUCAAUCACCAGUCCCAAUUCUUAACAAGAAAAAUGCUGCACCGGAUAACUUAAUUAUUCAYGAUGGUUUGACGUUAAUCUUGUCUCUGUUGACCUCCAUAGCAGCGGCUCGGUACUCGGUCUAGUUAAUAACUUAAUCACGAUACUUUAAUACUUAUAACGCGCAUAUUUCAUAUGUAUAUACCUACUUGCAAGAACGUUGUCAUACGAAAAUAGAACAUUAGUGAUUUAGUGGGAUAGGAAUUAUAU